UACCAAGGCUUGAUCCCGUGGGCCUGGAUCGAGGCUUCGACCAAGGGCGCAGUGCUGCUCUUCGUCGCCUCCGAGGCCGAGUACUACGCGCGGAGUGCGGUGCUAGUGACGUUUGUGGAUAUCUACGGACGUGAGGGCCUGCGCGAGAUCAACAAGGGCGUUCAUGCCGUUGCCAUCCGCCAAAUGACGAACUGGGGCACGCGCUUCGGCCUGAGCCGCCUUGCAGAGCAGGGCAUCCGCAAAGUCACGCACGAGGAAGACGGCGACGGCGACAAGUUGAGCGCGGUAGAGAAAACCACAGCGUCGGCUUUGGGUGGUGCUCUCUCAGGCUGGAAUCUGCCAAUCGAGGUCAUCCACGUCGAGAUGCAGAGCAAAAAGGAAUACCCUGACCGUCCUAGGAAGAUGACGGUGGGCAAUGCGUUUAGGUAUAUCUACCAGACGAACGGCCUCAGGGGCCUUUACCGCGGGGUUACGCCCCGCAUCGGCCUCAGUAUGUGGCAGACAGUGUGUAUGGUGGCUAUGGGCGACAUGUAA